GCGCAUCUCCUGCUCAACUGACAUAUAUCGCUAAUUACUUCUACUCUGUCGCGGCCUUCAACCCAAUGACCAGUUUCCUCCACAACAUCUGGCCGUUUAGCUCGCCAGCCCAACGAUCACAAAACAUAAUGCACAAGCACAAGGGCAUGCGCGAUAUACUAAGUGAUGAUGACCGGGGAUCCAAGUCGGAUAGCAGCAGUACGCCUUCAAGUGCAAGAUACGGCGGAUCCAGCACUAUGACGAUAACAGAGACAGUCGCGAGCACUCCUCCAUCUUCUGGAACUGGCAAAUCACUGGCUCAAACACUUGGCUCCUCGCGUCUCGAACCAGGCACUCCUGAGUCUCGACUCAGAGCAGCAGAGUUGAGAACCAAGGCAAGACUGUUGACAGAGCAAGCGGAGAAGUUACAAAAAGAACGUGCUGCUCUUCAACAGCAACCAUCUCUCUCUAGCGAGUCCGCGGGGAAAUUCCCAGGAGUGAAUGAUGCUACAAACACCAUUGGUCCAGAACAAACUGCUUCACCUCCUCUUCCUCUCCCUCCUACCACUCAACCAACACCGCAGACACGCUGUUCCAAAACCGACACGACACCUGCGUCAACAACACCACCGGGCUGGUCUGGCAUGUCAUCGAGUCAAAAAUGGAGCACAGAUUCUAAUCUCUGUGCCCGCGAACUGGGCUCUAAAUCUGCCAUCUGCGCCGACCUCCACGAGCCAGAAUACGCCAUGCGCGACGCUGAAAUCCGAGAUGCACUCACGCAUCUUGUAUGUCUGAUCCAGGGCUUCAGCCCUUCAAUCUACGCGCAAAUGACGCCACAGACGGUCAAGGUGGUGCAUUGCGUUGCGAGUGGCGGGCCGGCAGGCCAGUGGGGAUGGCACAACUUGUUUCUUAACGAGGAGAAGAGACAGGCGCUUGUAUGUGGAGUCAUCGGAAACGUGCUUGUAGAGCAGGUAUUUGAGAAUGUGUGUUUUGGAUUCGGCGAGGAAGAUAAGGAUGCUUUCAGUGCUCUUGAGCGAGAAUUGAAAGAUGAGGAUGGAUUCACCCGUCACUACCGUUUCUCCCAGACCCUCCGCCACCUCACCCACGACGCCACCACCCUCCACCCUACCUCCUUCACCGCGCACAUCCAAACCAUCCUCGCAGCACUAACCACGCACCUCACCCCUCUCCUCUCCCUCCUGCACCCCUCUCCCCUCUCCACCCUCCCAUCCCUCAUCCCCGCCUUACUAACCCUCACCACCCGCGCCGCCCUCCUCUCCCUACACAUGCGUCUAGACCCGCACACAUUCUAUCGCUUCACUCCCUCUUUCAAAGAAGACACCUUCAUCCCCUCUCGCAUGCACUGCACAAACGUCACGCAGAUGCAGCAGUCAUGCCCGCACAAUCCAUCUUCCGUGCUUACCCCCGCCGAACAAGCCCGGCGCGCCACUCUAUCGAAAGCCGAGCUGCGACGCAGCAAGGCGGAUCAGGCACUUACGCAGAUUAUUGUGUUCCGCGGUGUUGUGGCGUUUCGGAAGGGUGGCUGGGAAGAUGGGGGAAGUACCGGGAGGGAUGUGGUGUUUGAAGAGGAAGAGUACGGCGGGGAGGGGUAUAGGGAGAGGGUUGUUACGAGGGGGUGGGUGUAUUGUCGGUGGGGGAGGGGGGUGAUGAGGGGGAUGGGGGAGGAGAUGGGGAGGAAGGUGCAUGGGGAUGCGUGGAGGGAAGGUGGGUUUGUCGAGUUUACGGGGUUGGAGGGCGUGUGGGAUUGGUUGGGGGAGGAGGAGAGGGCGAGGAAGGGCGAGGAUAAGGCAUAG